UAAUUUUGUAUAUUUGGUCUCACCCUAAAGGAUAUCAUAAAAGACAUUUUUUUUUUUUCUGCUUUCCAAGACUCCAGAAAAAACAGCUUCCCUGGCACCUUUUGUACAAGGCACAACUAGAAUGAGUGGCACAGAAAGUUCUACGGAGCAUGCAGAGUGUGUUCAAUCAUCAAGAAGAAAGAACUUGACAAAUUCUCUUGAACAUAAGAUAAGGUGCUUGGAAAAGCAGAGAAAAGAGCUCCUGGAAGUUAACCAGCAAUGGGAUCACCAAUUUAGAAGCAUGAAAGAGCUAUAUGAAAGAAAGGUCGCGGAGCUGAAAACGAAACUGGACGCGUCAGAAAGGUUCCUCAGCAAGUUGGAGAAGGAGCGGCAUCAGUGUCAGAGUGACAGCGAGAGGCAGCGGGACCUGAUCCGGGACCAGCUGCAGCGGGAACAGAAGGAAAAGGAAAGCCUAAAUGAAGAAUUACAUGAAUUGAAGAAGGAGAAUAAGCUUUUGAAGGAAAAACAUGUUCUUGCAAACAAGAAGAAGGAACGUUACGAAUGUGAAAUAAAACGCCUCAAUAAGGCUCUUCAGGAUGCCUUGAAGCUGGAGUGUUCUUCAUUUUCUGAGGACUAUUUGGGGAAGUCGGAAAUGAAGUGCAACCAUGAAGAGAUGAGGACGCAAGUGGAAGUUCUCAAACAUCAGGUGCAAAUAUACGAAGAAGACUUCAAAAAAGAGCGAUCAGACCGAGAAAGACUCAACCAACAGAAAGAGGAGCUGCAGCAAAUUAAUCUAACGUCUCAAUCCCAGCUGAACAGGCUGAAUUCUCAGAUAAAAGCUUGUCAAAUGGAGAAAGAAAAACUAGAAAAGCAAUUAAAACAGAUGAAUUUUCCAACCUGUAACUGUGGCUUGGUUUUCCACCUCCGGGAUCCAUGGGUACCAACCAGCUCUGGGGCUGUGCAGGAUCUACAGAAACACCCACCAGACUAUCAGUGGUAUGCUCCUGACCAGUUUCCGCCAGAUGUGCAGCACAAGGCAAAUGAUCUCACCUCUGAAAAGAAGGGCAAUCCAUAGAAGCAAAUGCCAAGGUAGAAGCACAAUGGUCAGAAAGAAGCUUGGCUGAAGUCCCUCUUUUUUUAUUUUUUACUGUGGCUUGUUUCUGCACAUCAUCUCCUCCAUUAUCUGUGCCUGGUAAUGGUUCCCUUUGGCGUGGAUAAAGGAAAAGUCUUCUGACAGCCGAGACCCUGAUUGAGCCCAAGGAGCGAGUUAUUAUACAAUCAAACAGGUCAACCUACCAUUUGCUCAAAAUAAGAUAUUGCAGAUGAAACAGGUGCCACUCCUUGAACUCUCUUCAGCGUAUCGUUGCCGGAUUUACAAAGAUGAUUCGAUGAUUUAAGCAACUCCAUUUGGUGCAAUGAUGUCAAUUUAAAGCAUAUUCACAUAUAUUCCCUGGGGGAAAAGUUUCUGUGGUUGUAAAUUUUUGACAUUGCUCCCAUUUUUUUCAUAGGGGCAUAAUUCCUUAGCCAGUUUGUUUGUCCAUCAUUGUUGUUUUCUAUAAACUUAUCAAUAGGAUUGGAGAGGUGCACAUACUUUUUAAAUUAAAUGAGUUCAAUCUAGAUAAAACUGUGAACUUCAAACUAUUCUUUAAACAAAGCAUUUUUAUAAAUUGAUAAGAAAUUGUGAGCCAACUUCAUUUUUAGGUGAAACAGGUUAUGAAAGAUAAAAUCCUAAUGUGAUGGUGAUGGUUUGUGGUAUCCAUAUAUACUUACAGAGCUAUUUCAAAGAUAGGUGAAUUGAUGGCUGAGUCUGUUUUCCUUCAUAUGGAUUUGUGUAAUAAUUCAUGAAAAACAUAGUCUACCUUCUCUCACCAAUUAAAAUGGUAAACUAAUGUAUCCAAAUUUUGAUGAAAUUAAAUUACACUGUGGUGUGACAGAUGUCUAAAGAUUAAGCAGAUUUAAAAGCAUCGUGUUCAUUCACAUAAUAAAGAUUCUAUUGGACCAA